GGAUGACAUCGGCAAAGAAAGCAACUCCCCAUAACAGUCAUAGAGGCGCCGCGAAGGCGAAACAAGCAGCAAAGUGCCGCGAGACCGCAGAGCCGGGAGUUGCGUGUUGCGUGUGGCCGCGGCGUGGGUUCUAAUUUGGAACUGCCGGCCCGGGCCCGUCGCGUUGGGCUCAUGAGGCUCAUGGCACAAGCGCGGGGGCGGGGCGGGGCGCGCACUUGAGGGCCUUCCCGGGCAUCGAGAGGUGCGCGCCAUGCCGCGCCACGCACCGUGCCGGUAGCAGCUAGCCGGUCGGCCGGCGCCAAUACGGGCGCCUCUCCAGGCACGGCGGGCAUGGACACCUCUGCCGCCUCCAGCCGGGGAAGUCUGAGAGCCUGAGGCCAUGGUAGGCAACCCGCAGCGCUACCGGGCGGCGCUGCAGCAGCUGGAGAGCAGGCACGCCACGGCCGGGUGUCUGCUGGCACUGCUGCUGCUGCUGCCGCUGGCCGCGCGCUCCGUGCCCGUCGCCCUGCUCUCCGUGGCCGUGCUGCUGUACGUCACUCUGGUGGUGCCGGUGGCCACCGGCUUCCUGUCCGCCACCGUCGUCAUCGGCUGGUUGAGGAUAUGCACGUCGCGCCACGGGUUGUCCGCGUGGCAGUGUCUGGGCGGCGCCUACACCUGCCUCAAGGCGUGCCACAACGCCUACCUGCCGCUGCAGCGGCUCCACACCACCACGAGCCAGGUGCUGUUCAACCUCGGAGCGGAGCGGCUCCUGUGCCCCGACCAGCCGGGUAGCUGUCUGCACUCCCUCCUCCUGUGCUCCAUCCUGGGCUACGUCCAUUCAUCGCUCAAACGACGAGUGUGGUCGCAGAUCUCCUUCCCGCGGAACGACGGCGGGCUGAGGGGCCUGGCGGGGUCCGUGGGCUCGCUGGUGGCGGCGCGCCUGGCCAAGGCCGUGGUGCUGGCCUUCGGGCUGCUGAGCAUCGGGGAGCGCCUGGACCGCCUGCAGCCCGGAGCCCCGUUCAUGUUGGUGUGCGCCGCGUACUUCGUCCUCACGCAGUGGCCCGGCCGUCCCGGUGAGCAGACCGCCGCCGUGGAGCUGGCGGUGAGCGCCGUGUCCCUGGCGCCGCGCCUGUGCUACGUCGGCGCCCUGGACGCCCUGGAGGGCCUGGAGGAGUGGUGGGUGCCGCUGGCGACGCGGGUCGUCGCCGCGGCCGCCGCCGCCGUGCUGGCCCUGCUCGUCGUGGCGUGGGGCGCUGGCUACCUCCUGGGCGUCUGCAUCCUGUACGCGUGCGCCGCGGUGCCGCUGCAGGCGGCGUGGCGGGGCUGCUGGCCGCCGCUGCGGUCACAGCUUCGCCUGACGGCGCGCUUCCCGCGACCCUCGGCCGCCCAGCUGGCCGAGGUGGGCACCUGCGCCGUGUGCCUGGACGCCCUGGCCAGCCACAGCGCGCGCUGCACGCCCUGCCCCCACGUCUUCCACUCGCGGUGCCUGCGGGAGUGCGCGCACCGCUUCGGCACGUGCCCGCUGUGCAAGCGCAGCCUCGGCGUCUAGACUCAGAGUCGUUUUCGUCGCUCUGUCUCUCUCGCACUCAUGGGGCGUCCCUCACAUGUGCGAGAGAGACAGAGCGACGGGAACGACUCUUCGGAAUCGCCCGGCGAGUGGCCCCCCGAGUGGCCCCAGCACUCCUUUCGUGAAUUUGUGACCAAGACUGGAGCCAGCCCUGGAAGAAGCUACUAGUGUGGUGCUGAAGUGCUAUGGAUAUCGACCAGACUGGAAAACAGCGAACUUAUCAUCAUCAGCGUUGUUGGGUCACAACAGGCCUUUAGAGUUAUAAGCUAUAGAAAUUUGAUUUAAUUACUACCUUCUCGUCAAAACAGCCGAUGCUUUCCCUGCAGGUGAAAGUCGGAUUUAUAUCAAGAUUCUUUACUGUUAACUUGUUUGUUGUCUACAUUUUGGUCUGAUAUAAUUUCUGAAGAAAUGUGGUUUAUCAGGAAACUAUCUAGAAGGAAAAGAAGUAAAAACUGUUUUGCAUAAAAAUAA